AUGUCCGCAACCGCCUCCGGCUCCAACGCCAGGGCAAAUGGCUCGGCCACUUCCAGAGAGCACAACCAGGGCAACCAAGAUAGAAAAUAUACCCCUCAACAGAAGGCAGAAGUCAUUCGAAUACGGAGAUGUACCGCGACUUCAUUCUACGAAAUCCUUUCGGUUGAGAAAACGGCUAGCGAUGGCGAAAUCAAGAAGGCGUAUCGCAAGAUCAGUCUGUUGACCCAUCCCGAUAAAAAUGGCUAUGAUGGUGCCGAUGAGGCCUUUAAGAUGGUUUCCCGCGCCUUCCAGAUUCUCUCGGAUCCCGAUAAAAAGUCAAGAUACGACCAGUUUGGUGGUGAUCCAGACAAUCGAUUCUCCAGUUCUGGCGCUGCUGCUGCUGGAGCCAGUCCCUUCAGUGGUUUCGCAAGAUCCGCCGGACGAGGCCCAAUGUAUGAGGACGAGAUAUCACCUGAGGAAUUGUUCAAUCGCUUUUUCGGAGGAGGGGGGAUGGGCCCAGGUGUUUUUGGUGGGGGCUUUGGCGGGCCUCAAUUUGUUUUCAACAUGGGUGGUGGCCCUGGAUUCACGGUUCAUCGGAUGGGAGGGGGAGGACCUCGACGACGGCCUCGAGAUGCCAACGCCGAGCCUGCUCCGACCGGACUGUCUGCACUGACUCAACUCUUGCCACUACUUUUGCUUUUCAUCCUCCCAUUGCUCUCAUCAUUAUUUUCCGGAUCGACACCAUCAGGACCCCAGGUUCGGUUUGAUACACCCGCUCCUCCUCACACAAUGCACCGGGUCACACCGAGGUACAAGAUCGAUUACUUUAUCAACCCGGCAGAGGUGGAUGGCUGGAAAGCGAGGCAGUUCAACUCCCUGGACAAACAGGCAGAAGUUGACUACAUCACGACACUGAAGUACCAAUGUGAAAAUGAGGUUCAUCGAAAGCGACAGGAGAUUAAUGAUGCCACGGGGUUUUUCUACACCGACGAAGAUCGAGUGCGGCGGGCCAGGAAUAUGGUUAUGCCGGGAUGUCGACGGCUGGAUGAGUUGAAAGUUAGCCAGCAGUAUUGA